AUGACAGCCAUGGGCUCUCGCUAUGAACGCUCGAUCCUCGUCAUCAACCCCAACACCACAACAGCCAUGACUGAAGCUCUCCAGCCCCUCAUCAAGUCCCUCAAGUAUACCAGAACCCACUUCGAAUUCUUCACCGCACCAUCCGGCGUCCCUUCAAUCAACAACGAAGACGACGCCGCCACCUCAGCCGCACAUUGUCUACCCGUCCUCAAACCCCAGCUCUCAUCCCACGACGCCUUCCUCGUCUGCUGCUUCUCCCAACACCCUCUAGUCCCCCAGCUCCGCUCCGAGCUUGCCAAGGUAGGCUCCCACAAACCCGUGACCGGAAUCUUUGAGGCGUCAGUCUCUACCUGUCUGCAAUCCAUCAACACCUACGAUUCCUUCGGGAUCGUGUCUACGGGCUCACAGUGGGAGGAGAUCCUCGGCGAGGCUGUGGCGAACCUUUUCGGUGUUGAGAAGCCGGAGCGGUAUGCGGGAACGAAGACGACGGGGCUCAAUGCUGAUGAGUUGCAUUCUACGCCCAAGGAGGAGGUUGAUCGGAGGAUGAAAGCUGCGACGAAGAAGUUGUUGGAGAGUGGUGCGAAGGCGAUUUGUCUUGGGUGUGCUGCUAUGUCUGGGUUGGAUAGUACUGUGAGGGAGGCUUGCGUUGAGGCUCUUGGCGAGGAUCUGGGAGGGAGGGUGAAGAUUGUGGAUGGUGUUGUGGCUGGGGCUAUGUAUCUGGAGGGUGCGCUGAGGGCUGGAUGGGGCGAUCCGCCGAGGAAGAAUGAUGAUGAUACUAUGUGGGACCCGGAGCUUGAAAUGAUGUAG